AUGAGAUUAUUUCAUCGAGUUAUCGAUCAUUCUUUACUGACAGCUGAAAUGGAACAAUUUUUAAAAGAACAAGCAUUUUUUGAUAUUUGUAAACUAUAUGAAGAACGAUUUGGGGAACAAUAUCGUCCAUUACCAAGAGUGAAAAUCUGUGUUAUUUCAAUCUAUGCAUAUUGGGAUGAAACACAUUUUACGUUUUCAGCAAAAUCAUCGACUAACUCUUAUGAAAAUCCAUUUGCAUUUACUGAAGCCGAUAUUAUUCUUGAUGGAAAUUCGCUUGAUUUAUGUAAGAAAUUUAUGAAAGAAAUGUUGUCAAAAAUUCCUAUUAAUGAUUAUUAUCGCAAAUCCAAUAAAAUCGAUCUCAGUACACAAGCUAUAAGGAGACUAAAAAAAUCUUAUGAACGAUUUUUAUACAUGACAACUAAAUAUCUACCAACAAAUGGAUAUUCUUUUAUACAUCCAACAUAUACUGCAAUAUGA